AUGCUUGAAAAGUCUCGAAGAGUAGUAAUUCGCGGCGUUGGAUUGGUAUCCUGUCUCGGUGUAACAACGUCUGAGAACUGGUUGCGACUUCUGAAUAAUGAUUGUGGAAUUGGGUACCUUGAGGCUGACUGUGUCGGUGGGCCAUGUCGCAUCGGUGGAAAAGUGAAUGAUGAAGCGAUGGAAUCUCGAUGGCGCUCGCUAAAGGAGGAGCAGUCUUUCCUUCCCGGUCUCGAAAAACAUAUUGAUCGCCGAUUCAUGUCUCGUGCUAGUGUGCUAGGUAUUUUGGCCUCUCAGGAGGCACUCAAACAGUCCGGAUGGCUGCCACAGCAGUCAGAUUCGCCUUCGCGUAACUACUCUGCAUUCGGUGAUGCCAGCUACCGUGCCGGCGCUUACUUCAGCACUGGUCUGGAGGGCGUAGCUGAAAUUUUGAGGAGUCAGUACCGCGUGGACAAAUGCGGUUACGCCGGUAUGGGUGCACACGUGCUACUGCGAACCUUGGCCAACAUGCCCGUGGCUCACAUCAGUCGUGCCUGGGGCCUGCGCGGUCCCAAUAUGGCAUGUAACACCUCCUGCGCCUCCGGUCUUCACUCCGUUGGAGAGGCAUUUCGAAUGAUAAAAUAUGGUGAAGCAGAUAUGGUUUUGGCCGGUGCUGCAGAAGCACCCUUAAAUCCAUGGUCUUUGAUGGCGUUUUCACGUAUCCGGGCUUUGUCACUAGAGGCAGAGCCAGAGCGUGCCUCGCGACCUUUCGAUGCUGCUCGCGACGGUUUUGUCAUGGCUGAGGGUGCUGCAGCUCUCGUGCUUGAGGCGUGGCCUUCACGUACCUCUUCACUCGUCCACCCACCCAUUGCAGAAAUUCUCGGAUUCGGCCGUUCUGGUGAUGCUUAUUCCCUGGUCUCACCUGAGCCAUCUGGUGAUGGAGCCUUUAGAAGUAUGAAAGCCGCCUUGGACGAUGCUGGAAUCGAAUCCCUUGACGAGCUGGGUCACAUAAAUUGUCAUGCAACAUCCACACCCGUGGGAGACGCAAUCGAGUUGUCAGCAAUAGCCAGACUACUAGCGACGUACGCCAAGCGAAAUGGUAGUGCACCGAUCCAAGUGAACUCCGUGAAGGGUCACUUGGGCCACUGCUUGGGAGCGGCUGGUGCCGUUGAGGCAGUCUACUCGGCUAUGGCUGCAUAUCACGGCCUCUGCGUUGGCAAUCGCAAUCUGGAGCGUCCCAUCUCGUCGUCAGAAGUUGUGAAAGUACUUGAACACGGUAUUGACAAAGCGACAGCCAGAUCAUUAGCUCGGAGACUUUUUGAAAAUAUCUCCUUUGAUUCGGAUCGUGAUUGGGUCAAACGAACCGAGAACAGUGGACGGCGAAGACUUGUUUUAACAAAUUCUUUUGGAUUCGGUGGUACCAACGCGAGUCUUCUUCUCUCUAAUCACAUUAAGUAG